ACUUCCCGACGGUUGGCGGUUUGUAACAUGAACUGGGACAGACUGAAAGCUAAAGAUCUCCUGGCUCUCUUCAGUUCGUUUAAGCCCAAAGGAGGCGUGGUGCUGUCUGUGACGAUCUAUCCGUCUGAGUCGGGGAAGGAGAGGAUGAGUGCAGAACAGACCCAGGGUCCGCUGGAGCUCGCCGGCCUCCCGGAGGACCCUGACGCCGACACAGACGAGCAAAGGUACCGGCCGCAGUCAUUGUCUGGAGCUGGUCAGAUUCUUAUUGGGGUUUGGUCGACCAAGUUUUGCAGUGAGGGGAAUCCCAGAAUGUACAUUAUAUUAACGCAUUUUUUAUUAGUUUAUUCAUUUAAUUGCUUUUUAGGACUGAAGGAAACGACUGAGAAGCUUGUGAAGAAGAAAAUGGAGGGCAAAGAUCAGCUGACUCCAUGGGAGCAGUACCUGCAGAAGAGAAAGGAGAAAAAGAAAGAGAAGAGGAAAGGGAAGAAGGAAGCUGCGGAGGCGGAGCCUGGGAUCAGUGAUGAUGAACUUCCUGCUGAUGUUGACCUCAGUGACCCCUUCUUCAAAGAAGAGCUCGGCUCGACAGCAUCCCUGAAAAACAAGAAGAACAGGAAGAAGGAUGAAGAGAAGACACCAGAAGAACAGGAAGAGCUGGAGAGACGGAGGGCUGAGAUGGAGCUGCUGAUGGACGACGAAGAAGACAACAAGCACAAACAUUUCAACUACGCCAAGAUCGUCGAGCAGCAGAACCUGAGCAAGAAGAAGAGGAAGAAACUCCUGAAGAGCAACACGCCACUAGAGGAGGACGACUUCCAUGUGGACGUUCACGACUCACGCUUCCAAGCCAUGUUCACGUCCCAUCUCUACAACCUGGACCCGUCCGACCCGUCCUACAAGAAGACCAAAGCAACGCAGAGCAUCUUAGAGGAGAAACAGAGACGCAGAGAGGAGCGACAGCACAGCCAGAAGGAGGCGCAGAAGAAGGAUGGAGCAGAGGCGCCAUCAUCCUCCACUAAAGUCAUGGACCCCAGUUUAUCACUGCUUGUCAGAUCCAUCAAGAACAAAACUGAACAGUUUCAAGCGCGCAAGAAACAAAAGACAAAAUGAUUCUCACAACAAGAGACUCAAGUCUCAACUCGAGUUGGUUUUCUGGAGUCUUUGUGUUACUUUAGUGACUGAUUUCUGCUUGGAGACAAACGUUUUUGAUAAUAAACAUCAUACUUUCUCCUAGUUCAAAAUUUUUGCUUCACUUUUG